AUGAGCGCCGAGAAGAAUCAGGAUGCCGCCCUUACCACCACGGUUGCUGUGCUCGCCAGCAGCGUUUCGUCGGAGACCAAGGACACCGAUGUAGACGGUGACCUGGUGAUCGAUAAGGAGCUUGAGAAGAAGGCGAUGCGAAAGAUUGAUUACUGGCUUGUCGGAUUCUACUCAGUCGUGUACAUUUUUCGGGUCAUCGAUUCCUCCAACUACUCGAACGCGGCCAUCAUCAACCUGGAGAACGGGACAGGCAUCAAAAAAGAGCUCGAUCUGGACCCGAACCAGUGGGCAUGGACAUUGUCCAUCUUCUCAUACAGCUACCUGAUCUUCGAGCCGAGCAACACCGUCCUGCUCAAAUACUUCCGCCCAUCGCGGUGGAUGUUUGUCCUGAUCCUGGUCUGGGGGAUCUGCGCCUGUUCAUCCGCGGCCACCCAGAGCUUCCAGGGGAUGAUGUGCGUCCGCUUCGCCAUUGGCCUGGCCGAGGCCGGCUUCUACCCUGCUGUGUUGUACCACAUGGCGUUCUUCUACCGCCCGACCGAGCUGCCAUGGCGCAUCGCUCUGUUCUACUCCGUCGGCCAGCUGUCGAGUGCUCUGAGCGGAUUGUUGGCGUUCGCCAUCAGCUUCAUGGACGGGCUUGGGGGUCUUGCCGGCUGGCGUUGGCUCUUCGUCUUGGAAGGACUGCCUGCGAUUGUCCUUUCGUUCGUUGCACUUUUCGGAUUGCCCGACUAUCCUCAUACAGCCAAGAUGCUUACCCCUGAGGAGAGGCAGAUCGUGGCUCGCCGUUUGUCUUCGACCGCACCAUCUGGAAAGGAGGACAAUUGGGACUGGAGCUCACUGAGGGUGCUCUUCAAGAACCCUACUGUCUAUACCUUCUGUAUUUAUUGGAUCGCCCACGGAAUCGGUGGCUUUGGUGUGAGCUAUGCGUUGCCAACGGUCAUUUACCAGCUGGGAUUUACCACCACUGCCAAAUCCCAACUGAUGAACAUUCCGCCAUACGUGGCAUGUUUUCUGCUUUUGAACACGCUGGGCUACUUGAUUCACAAGAAGUGGAUCCGACCCUGGACGACGGCCGUUGCAAUCGAGGGUACGACAAUCGUGUGCUACAUCAUCCUAAUUACGGUCCACAAUGCGGUGGUCAAGUAUGUUGCUUUGAUUGUGGCCGUAUCCUGUGCAGGAUCUGCUUAUCCGGUCAUCUGGCCUGAACGCAUUCGAGCGCUGGAAGGAACAGUCGCUGCGGGAAUUGGCAUCGGGGUCACAAAUGCCAUGGCUCAAUUUAGCGGUAUCGUCGGGCCUCACGUCUACAGCACCAUCUACGGACCGACGUAUCGGGUAUCCUACAUUAUCUGUCUAUGUCUUCUUGUCGUCUCAAUCACGGCCAUAUUGGCCUCGUGGUUCUUUGUCUGGCAAAAGGACCGUAAGAGGAAGGCACUGGCAGAAUUGGAGUGA